GGUGCCUGCAUUCUAAGCCGCUGACAGCAGAGGUGGAGCCGCCACACGUCACCGGCCGGGCACCUUAUAAGCUGGGAUUCAGAAAUUGGGAGUCAUUUACUGCAAGAGACACAAGGAAAUAGUCGGUGUGAGAGGACGAAAGCUGCUACAGAAAACAGUACACGCCUGGGAAUCACCAUAAUCCUUUUGAGUAUUGUCUUGGACGACUAAUUGGAAGGAUCUCCAUCGAUAGACCUUUAUGCCAAUCAGGUCAGGGAGGCGCAGAACCUCGACCAAACUCUUCAAGAUGCCUCGUCUCUCCUUCAUCACUGGGGGGAAGAAGGCAAAGCGGAUGGUACGAACAGGGACCUUCAGGAAGCCUCGGAAGCUGCAGAGUCAGGACUACCAGACCUUACUGGAGAACUGUCUGAGGAGGAAGCAGCUGUUUGUGGAUGAGACCUUCCCGGCCGAGAUCAGCUCCAUCGGCAGCGGAGACCUGUUACGAAAAGUGCCGCCGUCCGUGGAAUGGAGGAGGCCACACGAGCUGGUGAAGAAUCCGCAGUUCCUUGAAAACGCCAGCCGCUUCGAUUUGCACCAGGGAAUCACAGAAAAUUGCUGGUUUUUGGCCGCCCUCGCCUCCGUCACUUUCCACAAAAAUUUACUCAGCAACGUGGUCCCUCGCAACCAGAGCUUUGACAAGAAUUAUGCGGGAAUCUUCCACUUCCGAUUCUGGCGCUUCGGGGAGUGGGUGGAUGUGGUCGUGGACGAUCGCCUGCCCGUGGACAAAGAUGGAAAGCUCCUGUUUGUCUCAUCCACAAGGAAGAAUCUGUUUUGGGGGGCUCUUUUGGAGAAAGCCUAUGCCAAGCUCUGUGGUUCUUAUGAAGAUUUACGGAUCGGACAAGUGUCUGAAGCUCUGGUAGAUUUCACCGGCGGAGUCAACUUAACCAUCAAAUUAGAGCAGGCCCCCGCGGACCUAUGGCAGAUCAUGAUGAGAGCAGCGUACAGCGGCUGUCUGAUGGGAUGCCAGACCCGCUCAGGGCCUGAAAGGGUCCUGGAGAACGGGUUAGUUGCCGGACACGCGUACACUGUGACCGCCAUCAGAUCGGUGACCUGCAAAUCCGGAACAGAAAACCUAGUCAGGCUGAGAAACCCAUGGGGAAAGAUUGAAUGGAAAGGGAAUUGGAGUGACAGUUCCUCAAAAUGGGACCAACUCAGCCUCAAGGAAAGACUACUGCUGCGGAAGACCAGAGAGGAUGGAGAAUUCUGGAUGUCUAUUGAAGAUUUUGAGGCUCAUUUCGUAGAGUUGGUCAUCUGCAAGCUGACCCCUGACCUGAUGAGUCACGAGAACGGCAAAGAGUGGACAUUAUCAAUGCAAAUAGGGAAAUGGGUGGAGGGCCGGACGGCGGGCGGCAGAAUGACCUAUACAGAAUCCUACUGGAAAAACCCCCAGUACCGGCUGAAGAUCCUCUUAGGAGAUGAGAUGGAGAAAUACACAAAUGCCUGCAAUGUUCUGGUGUCCCUUCUUCAAAAGCAGAACCACAAACACAGAAACCAGUCCCCCCCGCUCUACAUCGGGAUCUCCAUCUUCAAGGUGCCACUUGAGUAUCAGGGUAUAAGGACUCGGCUUCCACAAGAAUUCUUUCUACUCAACCGUCCAGUCAACAACAAGUGCGUGUUCAUCAAUGAGCGGGAGGUGACCCAAGACUUCCACCUGCCCCCCGGCUCCUACGUCAUUGUCCCCUCCACGGCGGAGCCCGGACAAGAGUGCGAGUUCAUCCUUCGUGUUUUCUCCAGAAAUCAUCUACUAGAGGUUCAAGGAGAAAGUUCAAAUACAGUUCUGUGCUGCAAGAAAAUUGCUGAUAAACAGGAUGAUCUAGACAAUUUCAUCAUCAAAUAUUUUGAAAAGUAUCCGGAAAUCCAAGUCUCCCAGCUGCAGAUGUUGCUGAAUAAAGCAUCGUGGUCAAGUCUCCGGCACGCUCCAGUCAAGUUCAGCUUAGACGCCUGUAAAGUCAUUAUGGCUCAGUUGGACGUAAGUGCCUCCGGGACUCUGAACAUGAUCGAGUUCUACAAUCUAUGGCAGCGACUUAUCUCUUACCAGGAGAUUUUCCAGAGGAGAGACAUUGAUAAAUCGGGAUAUCUGGAACUGAAUGACCUGCGGGCCGCCGUGCAAGAGAAAGGAAUCACAUUAAGUCGUCAGAUCUACAACCUCAUGGCGCUGCGAUACGGCAACUCAUCUCUGAAAAUCGAUUUUGAGAAUUUCGUGUGCCUCAUGCUGAGGAUGGAGAUCAAUGGAGAGGUCUUUCAGAACUUGAGCAAAGAUGGAAAAGGAAUCUAUUUAAAUGAAGCAGAGUGGAUGAUGCUGACUCUCUACGCCUGAUGUCGAAAAAAAAAACAACCCAGGAUCUUUUUAAGGAUAUUUGCACUGAAAUUAUAUAAUCAAUUUUAAAUAGAUUUUUACUAUUUAUUUUUAUUCAACAAUCAAGAUCGAUUUAUACUGAAGUCCGAAGACAUUUCUAAAGCACAAGUUCGAUUUUUUUUUUGCUUAUCAUUUUUUUUAAAUACAUAUAUAUAUAUAUAUUUUAUUCAUCUGUGACCGAGCACUCCCAGUAAAUAUUAAGGGGGAUUGGAAGCGAUACUCUCUGAUACUCGGGAGAUGCUCUGCUGAUGCCUACAGCUGCUACGAAUCAUGAUGAUAUUCAUAUUAUCCGGUUAUACAUGAAGAUUCCUCUAUAAUCUGCCUUCCAAUACUCCGGCCAUUCCCAUAAUCUGGCACCACACUGCCCGAUGGAAUUACAUAUAGCGGUGGAUUAUUACACUGACUACAGAUGAGCCUAUAAGAACUGUGAAUGUAGAUGAAGAUGCUGCUGGUUAGUGUCUGCGCCUCCAUGUAGCCAUUUUUAUGCCUAUUUAUUUUUUAUUGUUACAUUGUAUUAGAUCCUGUUAUUUAUUUAUUUAUUUAAAAGAUUCAUUAUUUAUUCCUUAAAUUUUCUA